GGUUACCGUCAAAAGGAUUCCUACAUCGCCAGCCAAGGACCCCUCCAGCACACCAUUGAGGACUUCUGGCGGAUGAUCUGGGAGUGGAAAUCCUGCUCCAUCGUGAUGUUGACUGAGCUGGAAGAGAGGGGCCAGGAGAAGUGUGGUCAGUAUUGGCCCUCGGACGGCUCUGUAUCUUACGGAGACAUCACCAUAGAACUGAAGAAGGAGGAAGAAUGUGAAAGCUACACAGUGCGGGAUCUGCUGGUGACCAACAACAGGGAAAACAAAAGCCGUCAAAUCCGGCAGUUCCACUUCCACGGGUGGCCGGAGGUGGGGAUCCCCAGCGACGGGAAAGGCAUGAUCAAUAUCAUAGCAGCGGUGCAGAAGCAGCAGCAGCAGUCCGGCAAUCACCCCAUCACGGUGCAUUGCAGUGCUGGAGCCGGCCGGACGGGGACUUUCUGUGCAUUGGGCACCGUCCUGGAACGGGUCAAGGCGGAAGGAAUUCUGGACGUCUUCCAGACGGUGAAGAGUUUGAGGUUACAGAGGCCGCACAUGGUGCAAACACUG